AAGGCCAUGUAACUCCGACGAUUGCAAAACUCGGAUGCCGCGACCGAUUUAACUCGGAUACAUCCACUUAAAAUAUAAUUUAUAUUUUUAUUUCUGUAAUUAAUUACUGAAGUAUCAUAAUAUAACUAUUCUACUUUAAGAAAAACCAAAAAUUAUAUUUUUAUCGGUUUAAUAAGUGGGUAAAAGAAAUAUUUUUUUAAGCUCGGGUCAGCUGGGUUGUGUACUAAAAAUUUAAUUUCUGAGAAAAUUUUGCUGUUGACAGCUCGUCGCUGGAAAAAGUUUAGUGUUUUUUCUAUAUAAUAAAACAUUAUUUGCAAUCAAAAUUAUCAAUAAAAGUUAGUGUAGUUAUUGAUCUACAAGAUGCCAAAGGGAACAAAAGAAAAGACCUAUAAGGACAAGCCCUACUCUAAGGAAGGUCUUAGGAAUGCCUUGCAGUGUGUACGAGAUGGUUCUACCAUAGCAUAUGCAUCCAAAACAUUUAAUGUCCCAAGAACAACACUGCACAACAAAUUGACUGGCAGAUACCCGGAAGAGUGCCCCAAUGGCAGGCCAAACGACGGACGCUUACAAAAGAACAAGAAGAAGAGCUUGUCAAAUGGAUCCUGGGAUGUGCGGAUGGCUGGCAUCCCAUCGGGAAGGAACAAGUUCUGGACAGCGUUAAACUCAUCUGUGAGGUCUACAAAAUUCCAAACCAUUUUACAGCUGGAAGACCCGGAGACGUUUAGUUCAGGAAUUUUCUUAAGCGUCAUCCAGAGCUCAGCAUGCGCAAGCCAAAAUCCUUCUCAUUGGAAAGAGCUACUGUUACUGCUGAAGAUCUCACGGAAUGGUUUCAGAAUUGUCUUGGAUAUUUCACAGAACACAACCUUCUGAGCAUUUCACCAGACCGUGUUUUUAAUUGCAACGAAAGUGCCUUCUUUUUGACACCGGAAGAUGGAAAUGUCCUGUCCAGGAGAGGUUCACGUGUAGUUCCAUCUCUUAAAAAUUCAGGACCGAAGCAAUGUAUCACAGUACUCUUCAUGGUGUCAGCUACUGGCGAACUUGCUCCUCCAAUGGCUGUUCAUAAAACUGACAUUACUCCAAAAAUUGCCAUUCACAACGCAGAAGGAUGGAAAAUGGGAACGUCACCACAGAGUGGCUGGAUGGAUGGGCCACUUUUCUAUGCUGGUCUUUAUUUCCCGAAAAUUGUUUUCCAACAUUCAGAGGAGUCCAUUAUCAAUAACCAGCACGAUCAGGCCACCGACAAUAAUCCUUCAAAUGAUCCAGUCAUCCCUGGGAACCAACUCUCUGCAACUUCUGAGACUCUCGAUCCUCCUGAAACUCAACCGAUCUUCGACACACUAAAACAAUGCUAUUUCUGGCCAGGAGAAAUUCCAAAACGUCGUCAGAAGAAGAGGGUCAAAGCCAGCAAUGUGAAACACCAGUAUAUUGUAUCUUCCGAGGAAAUUAUCGCGGAACAGGAGGAAAAAUUGAGGCAGGAUUUACAAAAAAAGAAAGAAAUUGCUGAACGGAAGUUGACCAGAGAGAGGAACAAAAAAAUAAGGGCAGAAGAAAAGGAGAUAAAACUAAAGGAGAAACACAUGGUAAAGGAAAAGGCUCAAAUGCCAAUUGAAGCUGAAAAGAAAAAACGUGGAAGGAAGUCAGCCAAGAAAACCGAGGAAAAAUCAAAGAAUUGAGUGCAAUCUUAAAAUAAAUAAAAAUAUAUAUAAUUAAAUAAUAAAUUAAUGAAAUGAAUUGAUGGAAUAAAACUCUAAAAAAAUGUUUUUGAAAUAAUAUCUUCUCAUUUUUAUGCAUUAAACUUUUCCUUAAAAUGAGCAUCCGAGUUUGAUCGAAUUCAACGGAGUUACAUAAAAGCGUCGCAGUAACAUUCUUGCGCAUAUAUUAAUAUUAUCGUAAUUUUAUUAAUUUUCAUCAAUAUUAUUGCUAAAAUUCUAUUUCUAUUAUGAUUCUAAAUUAAACAAAGAAUAAUUCUAUUGAUUUGGAAUGGCGAAAAAAAUAUUUCAUCAGUCCAAAAACAAGCAUUAAAGUCGCACUCUAUGAAAAGUAUCCGG